AGUGGUCGGGGGAGGGGAAGGAAGGGAGGAAGGAAAGGGGGGGGGUAAAACAAUUUCAAGAUGGCGGCGGCUGAGGCGCGGGCAACAAUGGGAAACGGGAGGCUCGGGUGGCUUUGGGCCUGAACUGGGGACGGAGAGAGGGAAGUGGUGGGGACGAGCGCGCCGGGCCUGACUGAGGAAACGGGGCCUGGCCGGGUCCGGCGAGGGGGGAGAGGGGCGCCCCCGCCAGGAAAGGUGGCUGCCCUAGGAGCGGCGGCGGCGGCAGCAGCAGCAGCAGCAGCAGAGGAGGCGGAGGAAGAAGGAGAGUUGGGACGGGGAAGUGGUGCCCGGUGCUGCGAGCGAUGGCGGAAUAAAGGGCCGCCUGCUCUGUUGUUCCUUCGGCGCGCCGCCCUCGGCUCAUGGUUCUGCCCCCCUUCCCUAUGGCGGAGUUCGCAGUUCCGCGGCACACCGCGGUGAUGGAGCGGCUCCGCCGGCGGAUCGAACUGUGCCGGCGGCAUCACAGUGCCUGCGAGUCCCGCUACCAGGCCGUCUCGCCCGAGCGCCUCGAAAGCAUAGAAAGAGGUACAAUUUGCAUUGUGGUGACAUCUCACCUUUUCCAGGUGAGAAGAGAUAUUCAGCUUCAUGAAACAGUUAAAAGGAAGCUUGAUAGUUCGGUGUCACCUCAGAAUGACGACCAGCAGAAUGGCUACGGGGACAUGUUUUCUGUGCCCAAGAAAUUGCGUCAUGAUGAUAAUCUUGGUGGGCUGACCAGCUCCUCCAAUGGAAUUCCUCCUGUAUCACCCCUGCACCAGCUUGAUAGCAAACCUUCCAGCGGAGACACUUUACAGCUUAAUGGAAAACAUUCCAUGGGGCUAGAAGGCAUCAACAAAAAGUGUCUACCAGACUCCAACCUUCAGUUGAAUGGAAAUAAUGAUGCUGAUGAUUCAUUUGCUUUGGUUAUUAACAAGGAUCUCAAACAAGAACCACCAGAUGAUCUACCUUGUAUGAUCACGGGACCAGGAAGUUCUAUAUCUCAGAAUAAUUUGAUGUCUGAUCUUAACCUUAAUGAGCAAGAGUGGAAGGAGCUCAUUGAUGAACUUAAUAGAUCAGUGCCUGAUGAAGACAUGAAAGAUCUAUUUACUGAAGACUUUGAGGAAAAGAAGGAUGUUGAUUCUUCAAAUUCAGCUGCACAGACUCCAUUACCACAAGACAUCAUUAUAAAGACUGAAUUUUCUUCAGCAGAUUUUGAACAAGAGCAGAUGGGAUCUCCACAGGUCAGGUCAUCUUCUGCUGGCACAACAUUCAUUGCUACUUCCUCUGUUCCAGUUAGUGCUGCUUCUCCAGCCGUUAGUAAUUCUCAAACAAUGUUUCAGACUUCCAGCCAGCCAGUAAGUGAAAAUCCCAACCAGUCCAUGAUGCAACCAUCCAGCCAGUCUCCGAAUGUACAAAGGCCUCUACCUACUUCAUUGUUAUCUGGACAAAAUACAGGGGGUGCCAAAGAGAUGUCCUCGGCUAAACAACUCCAGCAGAUAGCUGCCAAGCAGAAGAGAGAUCAGUUGUUACAGAAUCAACAGCAGGUCCACCAACCCAACCAGAUUUCUAGCUGGCAGCAGUCUGGGUCUUCUCACAGUCCAUUAGCUGUUCCCUACACUAUGGAAAAUCCCACUAGCCCUUCAGUUUACCAACAGGACUUCAGUAACCAGAAACUCAUAAUGCCCAGUAUACCAAACAAGAGUUCUCCAAGGGCUGGAAAUAGUUAUCAUGGUGGGAAUAUGUUGAGCCAUCAGCCAAACAGCUUGAACCAGAACCCUGUGUCUAGUCAAAGUUCUGUGCUAGACUAUGGGAAUACAAAGCCGCUUUCGCAUUACAAAGAAUGUGGACAAGGAGUUACAAUACCAGGACAGAACAAAUCCCCCAUGAUAGCAUAUAUGCAGCAGCGGCAGCAACCCACUUUGCCUCAUAUGAAUGAUGAGCAGAAUGGGAUGUUUGCAAUGAAGAAAUCUGGAAAUAUUGCUUACAGGCCUCUAGUACCUCACAGCCAGGAUCAGAACCCUUCUGCUGGUGUUCCUCGUGCUGCUGUUUCUGUUCCUGGUCCUGGUGUGAAUGCACAGCCUUCGAACGUUUCCAUGGCAGGUAACCAUGGGAGCCCAGCCUAUCUCAACAGCCAACAGCAAGCAGCUGUAAUGAAACAGCACCAAAUAUUGCUAGAUCAGCAGAAGCAGAGGGAGCAACAACAAAAGCAUUUGUUAAUGGAACAACAGAAACAGUUUCUGAUGGGGCAGAGGCAGCUUCUUGAACAGGAAAAGCAAAGGCACCAUCAGGAACAACAGCUGCAAAGGCAUCUGACUCGACCACCCCCUCAGUAUCAAGAUCAGGCACAGAAUCCAUACCAACAGCAGGUUGGACAGUUCACAGGCUCAUCUCCAGCAAUUGCAGGAGUAAACAACUUAGGCCAGUCCAACUCCAGUAGCCCACGCAUGUUUUCUCAGACCCAGAAUAUGAUCCAGAUUGGAACAGGGCACAGUUCUGUCUCAGCAAGUAGCAAUCAACAGGAUCGUGGAGUAACACAGUAUGCUGGCUUACAGAAUAUUCAGCGAGGUAGUUUGUACAAUAUGGCAUCUGGUAUGACACAAAUGGUCCCCCAGCACACAAAUCCCAGUGCCAGUGGACAACCGCAGAUGCAGAGACAACCCAGUUUGGCUCCUGGGACUCCCCUUGCUGCUGGGUAUGGACAAAGCACUCUGGGAAACUCAAGCAUCUCUCAGCAACACAGUAAAGGAGGACUGAAUCCUACUUUACCCAAACCCCAGAUUGCAAGAAUGCCAACAGCUAUUGGGGGCCAAAAUCCAUCAUGGCAGCAUCAAGGCAUGUCCAACAUGAACAGCCAGGCACAAGGAAAUAGUGGUCUGGGGACUUUUACUGCCAGCUCUACUUUCCACAUGCAGCCCACUCACCUAAAGUUAACUGGUCAACAGUUUGCUCAGGGGAUGCCUCAGGUAAGCCUCAACGCCAGCAGGCCCAUGGCCUCCAUGAACUCCACUGUUUCUGGACAGAUGCUGUCAUCCAUUGGUGCCCAGCAGAGGAAGAACCCUCCUACUCAGCAGCAGGUCUCGUCACAGCAGGUUUUGCCAGGCUUGAGCCAGGCUGUCCCAGAUCUGACUUCUUUCAGCCAGAAUCAAAAUCAGCAAAUGCCCAGCAGAGCCAAUCUGCACUGUAGUCAAGGUUAUCCAGUGAGGACAGCCAGCCAGGAACUGCCCUUCGCUUAUAAUAGCCCACAUGGGGGAAAUGGGCUACAGAACUUGACUGGGGAGACAGAUCUCAUAGACACUUUGUUGAAAAACAGGACUUCAGAAGAAUGGAUGAAUGACUUGGAUGAGUUAUUAGGGAAUCAUUGAAAUACGGUUUGCCCCCACCUCUCAGUCUUUUUAAAUUAAAAAGUAUCUUUGGACCAAAUACCUGUGGCAUUGAAAAGAUACACAGGCACUAGUCGGAAUGUAUUGGAGCUGCUCCCUUCCGGGUCUGAUGAGAUGAGAAAGAUGCACCAGUUUGAUAGGAAAUAAUUUCAUUUUUCCCAGUGUGUAUGAAACACUGCACAUGAGAACAGUCUCAAACAAUCUGGUAUGUGUCCCCAGUAGCCCUCCAGAAAUUCCAUUUGUAACAAGUGUUUUGAAUUAGAAGACUUAAAAGUGGAUUUGUGCAGUAGUGGUGCAGAAAAUAAGCCAGCAAGGAAGACUCCACAUAUUCAGUGUUAAGGUAUUCUUUCCUACAGUUAUUACUUGACAAGUUUCUUGAUCCUAAUUUGUCCUAGUGAAAACUAAUGAAAAUAGCAUCCUAUCAACUUUGAGGGAAAAAAAUGUGCAACCCUUGUUCCUUUGUCAGAUCAUCUCCAGUUUGGAGGGGAUAAUUUUCUAGUCACCAGUGAUACAUGUGCCUGCAUUCUCAGCAAACAAGAUGUGAGAGUUCACAAUUAAUAGCUAAUGGUUUUUUUUAUGCUGGAAUUGUCCAAUAUUAAAACAGUUUCCAGCAAAGGUUCCUCUAGACCUAAAGUGAGCACCUCAGUCUUAAUUGGCUUAUAACUUACUAAGCUAAAUAAUUUGCACUGUUGUGGGGGGGAGACUGAGCUCUUGGUUUUUAGAGGAUUUUUUUAAAAUUGGAGAAUCAGACUAGAAUCAAGUUUGUGCACUUUUUCCAUCUCCUUUCCAGCAUUUGUUAAAUGAGAGAGAUGGACAGAUUGCAGCUUACUUGUCCUCUUUGUUGCUGAGGGCAUGUGUAAUAAGCAAUCUCCAGGCUGUCACAUGCAUGCUGUACCAGUAAGAACAGGACGUAUUGGCUUUGGUCAGCAUAUGAAGCAAGCCUUGUGCCUUGGGAUUUGUUUGAAACAUGGAAAACUUUGCAAUAAUGGCACAAGGAGCCAGAAGCAGAAUACUUUGAUAAUGUUUGAUCCAUCGUGAAAGCCCUCUCUCUACCCCUUAGGAAAAAAAGGAUGAACUAAAUCUCUUUUGAUGCAAGUAGACUAAUUUCCAGUGAAGCAGAUGCUGCUGUUUCCUUGCGGUCCAUGAAGCAGCUUUCGUGGAUGGUGUAGGUCCGUACUAUACAGGGCAAGGAAAAGAGAGCGUUUUUCUUAACAUGUUACCAAAAAAUUAUUCUGCUUGCCAACAAGCCACCUUUUGCCUUAACCUUUAGUUUAUAAAGGUGAUAAAUUUGAAAGUUUUUUAGAUGCACAGAUACCUCUCGGUUCCCUACUCUGGGUUUUCUUUUGUUCUUUAAUGAACAGGACUAUUUAUCUCCUGUUAUAAGGAUACUUAGCAUCAUCAUACCUGCAACUGAGAAUCAAAGAAUUUCUUCACACCAGGCACAUUCAGGAGCAUUUCUGUGCAAGAAAAGUGAGGAGAUGUGAGUUUGGUAUGUUUUAGAACUGGGAAGAGUUAAGGGAUAAAACAGUUGAAUUAUGGGAAGGAAAUUGUUUUACUGUAUCUUCAGUGUUUUUCUCAAAUGUGCACUUUGGAAAAGAAAACUGCUUUAACACUACUUUUUAUUUAAUCUUUUCCCAUUUUUUUCCAUAUAUUUGCCACACAUGAGCAAGUUUGUACACCAUGCUACACAGAGUUUUUUUGAUUGUAUCUUCUUCAUGGACGGUUGGUUGAAUGGGGAUAAAUGAUGAAAGCUGCAUGUUGCUGGGUGGUUCUACUGUUGAAUGUCCGAACUGAAACAAAUUGCAUUGCUUGUAUAUUUUAAAAACACCGUUUUCUAAGUGGUGAUUAAUUUAAUGAAAGAAACAUAGAUGUCACUGAUGUUGUAGGUAAAAUAGAUUAGACUUACAUUUGUACUAAUCUUUUCCACAGGUCAGCAGUUGAGUGAAUUUGUUUCAUUGAGCUUGGUUUAAUUAAGGAUUUGGUCCAAGAUGAAUGUCAUCAGGAAAAUAUUUUAAUAUUUGUAGCUGCCUUCCCCUCCACCACACACACUUUAUUUUAUUUUUUAAUAUUUGGUCAGGGAGAUGCUGGGCUAGGGUGGAUAUAGUUGUAAUUGUUUUGUACACUCUUGGGAAUUUAGCACCAGUGUGCCUUCCUUUUCUUAUUGGAGGUGCUUGGGACCUCAUAUUUCUUAAUUAUUUGUUUUCUGCUGAUUUCUCCUUCCGGCCCGUUGACAGGUGAAAUUGAUUCAUGGUAUUCAAUUCUAGAUGGAUUUUCCAACUAGAAUUUGGGUGAAAAGAAAAUGUAACACCUUCUGUUUCUAAUGCUACAGUCAGGUUUUAAUGUUCAGUAAGAAGGGAAUAUGUCUGUGCCUCUUCAGUUACACAGAAUAUUGUCAACUGUGAGCACAUAAAGUGUUAAGCAAAUUGGCCUAGAAUAUUUUUGGAAUAGCACGUGUAAAAAAAUUGCUUUCAACUUGGAUGUAAGAACUUCUAAAUUAUAGCACACAAAGUAGCCAUUUGGUUUCUGAAAUUAUUCAGAUCUUUAAAAUGUAGCAUUGGUGGGACAAUAUGAACACGCUGUUCAGUGAUCAGUAAAACAUGGAGGCUGCGUGGGGAAGGCUGAGUGCUGUCCUUCAGCCGCUUAUGGCAGUUCAGAAAUGAAUAUAUGCACUUGAGCUUUCCAGUUGCUGCAGCUUCAGAGCAAUAAGAUGUGGCUCUCCUGAGCUUUACCUAGCCUGCUGCCUCGGCUUUAUUUAUAGACUGUGGUCGUGAACAGGUGACAAGGUGUGAAAUCAUUACUGUUCAACCUCCACUGCCUUCUGAUACCCCCACAACUCCAUUGAAAGGGUGCUCUGUUUUCUAUUCUACACAUUUUCUUUGUGUACAUAAAUGUUUACAGUUUUAUAUUAAAGAUUGAACAAGAGUUAGAUCUUCUGAGUGUAUAUUUUUUACUUUUUAUAGAUUUAAAAACUAUAAUUCUUUAUAUAUAUGUUGGGGGUGGUUAUGAUAAGUUUUACUUGUUUAAAUGGUGAACAAUUAAAAUAUGUUGCUAACCUUUUUUGUUCAUUGUAAUGUGUAAAGAGCCCAUUAAUCCAUUUUUCUUUAAUUACAAUUACUGUGGCACACCAAAAAGAAAUCUUUCACUUCUGUUAUGUCAUUAUAAAAAAAUAAAUAUUUUGCUAGUGUA